AUGUCGAUCACAAACGGAACGAACGUCACCAAUGGCAACGGUGCCUCUCACACCAAUGGCCAUGCUAAUGGCCAUGCUAAUGGUACUAAUGGCCAUGCUAAUGGUACUAAUGGCCAUGCUAACGGUGCCAACGGCACCAACGGCCAUGUUAAUGGUGGUUCGCACGAGAACGGUAUCAAUGGUUUGCACGUGGAUGACGCUAACAAUAAUGUCAUUCCCGUCGCAAUCUGCGGUAUGGGUCUCCGACUCCCUGGAGGAAAUCACACUCCUCAGGAAUUCUGGCAGUUCCUCGUCAACAAAGGGGACGGCAGAGUCCGAGUUCCAAUGACACGUUAUAACGUGUCAGCCUAUCACGAAACCACAAAGCGGCCUACAACUGUAGCCACUGAAUAUGGAUACUUCCUUGACGAAAGUGUCAAACUCGGUGCCUUGGAUACCAGUCGGUUUUCCAUGAGCCGUUCCGAUGUCGAGUUUUCUGACCCUCAGCAACGACACCUAUUGGAAGUGGUUACGGAGGCACUAGAGGACGCUGGAGAAGCCAACUUUAGGGGCAAAAAGAUUGGUUGUUACUUCGGAAACAUGUGCGAGGACUGGGGAGAGAUGAUGAACCGAGACCCGCUCUGGCACGGUGCGAAUAAGAUUGAUGGUUACCAAGAUUGGAUGCUUGCGAACCGUAUCUCUUAUGAGUUUGGAUUGACUGGACCAAGCAUGACUAUCCGCACUGCUUGUUCAUCAGCACUGACAGGCCUCGCUGAGGCGUUUGCCGCGAUCCAAAGAGGAAUCUGCGAGGGCGCGAUUAUAGCUGGCAGCAAUCUAAUUCUGGCACCUGGCAUGACCCAGCAGAUGACUGAGAAGGGGAUUCUGUCGCCCAACGGUUCUUGCAAGACCUUCUCUGCUGAUGCGGACGGAUAUGCACGUGGUGAAGCAUUUACCGCAGUGUUCAUUAAGCCCCUAGAUGCUGCUAUUCGAGAUGGAAACCCAAUCCGAGCCGUCAUCAGAUCAGCAGUAGCAAACUCGGAUGGCAAGACCCAGGGUAUCACACAGCCCAACGGAUAUGCGCACGAGGCUAUGAUUCGACUGGCAUGCAAGCAGGCUGGUAUUAAUGUACAGAGGGGUGACAUGAAAAAAAUAUGUUCUUAA